GCUCCAAGUGUCUCUCUCCAGGCUGACACCCUGUGCCGGUGAGGGCCACAGGUCACGGCCGCCGGCGAAGCUGAGCCGCAGCGCUUGCAGCACCCCUGGGUGUCUCGGGAGCAGUCGCGCCGGGUCCAUGGAGACGGGCCCGCUGCCGACGGAAAAGCCGAGGGGACCCAGGUGCACCAAUGGGUUCCCCGAGCGGGAGCUGUCGCGGCCCGUGGCCAGCCGGCCUGCCGAGAAGUCCCAGCCGCCCGAGGCCAAGGGCGCACAGCCUGCCGACGCCUGGAAGGCAGGGCGGCCCCGCAGCGAGGAGGAUAACGAGCUGAACCUCCCCAACCUGGCGGCCGCCUACUCGUCCAUCCUGCGCUCUCUGGGCGAGGACCCCCAGCGGCAGGGGCUGCUCAAGACGCCCUGGAGGGCGGCCACCGCCAUGCAGUUCUUCACCAAAGGAUACCAGGAGACCAUCUCAGAUGUCCUGAAUGACGCCAUAUUUGAUGAGGACCACGAUGAGAUGGUGAUUGUGAAGGACAUAGAUAUGUUUUCCAUGUGUGAGCAUCACCUCGUUCCAUUUGUGGGAAGGGUCCACAUCGGUUAUCUUCCUAACAAGCAGGUCCUUGGCCUCAGCAAACUUGCCAGGAUUGUAGAAAUCUAUAGUAGAAGACUACAAGUUCAAGAACGCCUCACCAAACAAAUUGCGGUGGCUAUCACAGAAGCCUUGCAGCCUGCCGGCGUUGGGGUAGUGAUUGAAGCAACACACAUGUGUAUGGUGAUGCGAGGGGUGCAGAAAAUGAACAGCAAGACUGUCACCAGUACCAUGCUGGGCGUGUUUCGGGAAGACCCCAAGACCCGGGAAGAGUUUCUCACGCUCAUCAGGAGCUGAACUUCGGUGUGUGCACAUGGCCCGGUGUGCAGACCCCACUGCUGCCGGCAUUGUCUGUCUCAAUCAUGCAUUCCAGUUUCAAUUUGUACAGAUUGAAUUUUGUUUCUCACCAUGAAUUGUAUUUAAUAAUUAUUUAUAGAUAUGUCAAAUAAGAGAAAUUAACCGAGGGGUGAGCCUUCUGCUUUCUUUUUGCCACCUUCUUAGUGGCAGUGUUUAGAGUGACUUGCCAAGAGCAUAGGUUAACCGCACCAACCACUGCCAUGCAGAUUCCCCAGGAUGCUGCCAAGGAGGAGAACUCAUGCAUUUGGCUAAAAUCAUAAUUGACUCAUUAGCAGAGGGCACUGGACAUUCCAGGAGCCGUGGCCACUAUGCUGGGGUUUCCACCUCCAGUGGGCAUGGUAGAAUGCUGACGGAAGUGAUGGAGACUCUGGAUGUACAGAGAGAGACCGUAGACUCCACUCUGCUGUCCUCAUGCUUGUGAAAGUUCCAGGGACAUUUUACUCUUGGGACAGUCAUUAGCUGUCUACCUGUAACACCAGCUUCUGAGGGAGGGCGGUGGGUUGUCUGGCUUUAGCUUUGCUGUGAGUUAAAAAGGCAUUUCCUGUAUUUUAGACUUGAGUGGAGGGAAUUCGUUCCUGGAUUGAGUUCAUUCCAUGGUGGCAUGCAUGGAUGUCGAGGGUUGACUCUGUGCCUUGAUGAGAAUAUCACACCAUUUGGAGUGGAGGGACUUUCACGUUUUAGGAAAAGCCAUUACUUCAUGAGUUGACAAGUGCCAGCCCUGCAGGUAACUAGCCGUUGCGAUUUCCCGGGAGGAGUUCUGGGAGUUCGUUUUGUCUGUUGCAAGGAGAGGCUUCAAAGCAUUUUCAAAAACUCUUGCGAAGUAUUUUUCUAAGUAUUUCCAGCACCCUUUGAAACUGCCUAUCCUGUCAGCUCUGCAAACUCCUAGCUCCUCUGAACUGGAAGGAACAUAGAAGGGGCUGAGGGAGGCCUGCAUGGGGGCUGUGCAGGUGCACUGGGGACUUUGGUCUAGGUUCUUCCUUGUCAGUGUGUGUCUUGUCUUCAGUACAAGUACUUUCAGACGGUGCUGCUGUUCAGGAAGCUCGUUACCGCUUACUUUCAGAAUCCUGCACUGGAGCAGUGUGGGCCGAGGGAAGGCACAGCGUCCAGCACACACACGGACAGAGCCGGUCCACGACGAGGUCUCCCACUGGCUGACAGUGCUCCCAGUGUCUCCCUCUGGCCCUGCCACUGCCACUUAGACACUUAGGGUGAAGCGAUGACAGAGCUGGCUUUUAAUUUUAUUAUUAUUUUUAUCUCUACCUCUCCCUGGCACUUUCCACAAUUAGUUUCUAAAGUAUAGUCAGGUUAUUUUGAGUUCCUUUUAAAAUCUGACCUGAUAACAAUGUUAGCCCAGUUACUAUUCAGCUAUUUCUAGGUAGAAUGCUAAGUACUCUUACUUGGUAUUUUAAAGUAAAAACCGGUGUGACUUGGCUUAGAGGACCAAAGAAAUUGUUCGCUAUAACUUCAUUUUUCUGGGGUUAUCAUUUAUAUUCCUUCUGAAUAGCUCUGUUCGCUCGUUCCCUAGAAACUCUUAACAAAAGCGUGACGUGUCCACAGGCUAGUCUCAUCAGUAGCUGCAAAGUGACCACCUUGUCUGUUUCACCCUGGUCUGUAGUGCUUCAAAGUUACCUUUUCACACCAUGACACUGAGUCCAUUUGGGAGAUUUUUAAGAAUUUGAUGUAUUUAUGUAUACUGUUCAAUUAACGUGGUUUGGAUUUUCUGUAUGUGUAUGUAUGUCCCUGAAGUUGGUUCUGUUUAAAUGA